AUGGCUGAAGCGCUUGUCACUAAAAUCUUGGAGCAAUUGGACUCUGAACAAAUGAAAUCCAUGGUGGACAUGAAAGAAGUAGAAAAGCUGCGUACAAAUCUUUCGGCCAUUCAACAGAGGUUUGAAGAUGUGGAGAAAAAACAAGUGGAGGACAGCAGAGUCAGGGAUUGGUUACGUAACCUUGAAUGCGCCUCCUAUGACAUAGACGAUGUGUUGGACGAGUGGAACACGACAAGAAAAUCACAAAUUGUAAACGCUCCCAACCUUUGGAAAAGGGUACGUAAUUGUCUCAUCUCUUCUCAUAUCUUUGGUUGGCAAGAUUUUCUGCAUCGAAACAAUAUUGCUACUAGGAUAAAAGCAAUGAUUGAAACUCUUGAUAAAAUUGUUAAGAAAAAAGAUGAUUUCGGUUUUAGCUUGACAACGGGCAUAGGAGUAGAAAAACAACCAAGUAGCCCUGUUAUUUAUUUACCAAAGGUUGCUCGAAAAGAUUACGAUAAGAAUACAAUAAUAGAAUUGUUGAUUAAGAGUAGACAAACAACAACUUUUCCUAUCAUUUCCAUAGUAGAGAUGAUAGGAACUGAAAAAACAACUCUUUCUAAAUUAGUUGUUGAAGAUAAUAGGGUGAAAGAAAAUUUCAAAACUAUAAUAACGGUGUAUCUCCAUAAAUAUUUUGAUGAGAUUCUGAUUGCUAAAGCAAUUCUUAAAUCUCUAGGACAGGAGGUUGCACCAAAUCUAGAUAAAUUAGAAACUUUGUUAGGAAAGAUACAUCAAUGUCUGGAGGGAAAAAAAUUUCUUCUUGUUUUAGAUGAUGUGUGGAUAAACAUUCCCAUAAUUUGGAAACAAUUUAAGAAGAAUUUGGGUGAUUCUCAAGAAAGCAGGAUCUUGGUGACAACGUCUACAAUUAUAACUGCAAAAAUGAUAGAAACCACCAACAUGGUCGUACUAGGGAGUGAUUGGCAAUCUUCAUUGUCAUUAUUUAGAACAUUUGGGUUUUCUAGUAAGACUAGUGAAGAUAAAAUAUUGAAUGUGGAUUGUUGGUCAUUAUUUAGCAAAUUUGUGUUUUCUACACUAACCCAUGAAGAGCGUAAAAGUACACGUCAUCUGUAUAAAAAGAUAGUAAGCACAUGCAAUGGCUCGCCUUCUGUUGUAAAGAUUUUAGGAAGUCUAUUGAACUCAAAAACUAGUGAAGAGUGGCAAAGUGUUCACAGUGACCUAUUAGAAUUAGAAAAAGUGAAAACAUCAUUUCCCAGAGCUUUACUAUUGAGUUAUUAUGAAUUGCCUUCCAAAUUAAAGAAAUGUUUUUUAUAUUGUGCCAUCUUUCCAAAACGUUGUGUGAUAAAUAAAGAUAAUCUAAUUAAGUUAUGGAUGGCUCAAGGUUAUCUUAAGGUACCAGAAAGGAAUGACAUAGAGUUAGUGGGCGAAGAGUAUUUUUCAAUUUUAGCAAUGCGUCAUUUCUUUCAAGAUUUUGAAAGAAGUGUAUAUGAUGGAAGCAUAAUAAGAUGCAAAAUGCCCGAUAAAGUGCAUGAUUUUGCUAAAUUUCUUACGGAGAAAGAAUGUUUAACUAUAAUAGGUGGUUGUCGUCCGGAACCUGAAGAUUUAGAAGCUCUACAUGAAAUGAGGAUAGAUGUCUCAAUUCCCGACUCUUCUAAUCCUAAUAAGAAAAAGUUGCGUAGCCUUGUUGUAAACAACACAAAGAUUCUAGGAGAGUUAUCCUCAUUAUUUGACCAACUGACAUGUUUAAGGACAUUAGAUCUGAGUUGUUGCUCAAUUGAAGAAAUUCCAAGUAAUAUAAAAAAGUUGAUAUAUUUGAGAUACAUAAAUUUAUCUGAUAAUGAGAAAAUUAAAGAAUUACCUGACACAUUGUGUGAGUUAGAUUAUCUGCAAACUUUAGAUCUCAGUAAUUGUUACCGUCUGGAAAAGCUACCACACAGGAUUGGGAAUUUAAGAACCCUUAGGCACUUACUAAACCACAGAACUUGUCUAAGUUGCAUGCCAAUAGGAAUUAAGGAAUUAACUUGUCUUCAAACAUUAAUGAAAUUCGUUGUGGGGAAUGAUAACAGUAAAGAGAAAAAAGGUAGCUUGGAGUGUUUGAAAUAUCUGAAGCAGCUUAAAGGGCUUGUUAGUAUAACAGGAUUGGGAAAUGUGAGUGAGGUAGAAAAGAUAAAUGAAGGAAAACUUGAAGAAAAAGAAAAUAUUUGUGGUUUAAGUCUAAGAUUCGAUGGGUGGACCAUUGUUGACGAUGAAAAGGUUUUUAAAAGUUUUAAUCCACCUCCAAAUUUAGAGGAAUUAGUUAUACAACGCUACACAGGCGAAACUAUGGCCCUGGAUUGGAUUGAGAAUUUAGCCAAGUUGAGGAUGUUAAAGCUAAUGUCUUGCUUUGAAUUAAUGGAAUUUCCCGGUUUAGGAAAAUUAUCGUCACUUGAAUCACUAAUUAUCUGCAAUAUGAGGAGUCUGAAAAAGGUGGAUAAUGGAUUUUUGGGAAUAAAUACUGAUGGUGCUAGCUCAUCUUCAUCAGGUACCUCAAUUGCGUUUCCGAAAUUGAGGUAUCUCAAGUUCUGGAACAUGAUAGAAUGGGAGGAGUUGGCGUGGGGUCGGAGUACUAAUACGAGUGUUAAAAUCUUGCCGUGUCUUCGUUACUUGGAACUUGAUUCAUGCCCAAAAUUGAAAUCAUUAUCUCUUUUGGGAGAAUUACCAUCCCUAGAGUCACUCAUUAUAAAAAGAAUGAACGGUAUGAAAAUAGCAAAUAAUGAAUUUUGGGAAACAAUAUCAUCUGCUUCUUCGUCCACGGUGUAUACCUUUCCAGUGUUGAUAAAUCUGGAGUUUGAGGAUAUCAAAGAAUGGGAAGAGUGGGAUGUUAAAUUGGACGGAAGAUUUAUGCCAAAUCUUCUUUCUUUGAGAUUUCAUAAAUGCCCCGAAUUGGUGAAAUUGCCUAACGACCUUCUUCAAAGGCCAGCGCUGCAGAAACUACUCAUUAGUGAUUGCAGGAUUCUAAGAGAAAAUUACGUAAAGGAGACAGGAACGAAAUGGUCGAGGAUCUCCCACAUCUCUUACAUUCAAAUUGAUUCUUCUGAAUACGUGCACGGAAAUCUAAUAAAGAAUACCGCCACCGACUCAGAGAGUCAGAGGUAA